GACUGGUGAUUAGCCAAACAAACGUAUUUUGAACGUUAACUCAAAAUAAAAUAUAUCUGUUAUCAUCGAAGUUUCCCGAUUAGAUUUUACUGUAAUAUUAAUAAAAUAUUAAUUAUUUGAUAUCAAAAUGUCUAUUGGUGUACCUAUUAAAGUCCUCCAUGAAGCAGAAGGUCAUGUAAUAACCUGUGAAACAAUUACCGGCGAAGUAUAUAGAGGAAAACUGAUAGAAGCUGAAGAUAAUAUGAAUUGCCAAAUGACUCAAAUUACUGUAACUUACAGAGAUGGAAGAGUAGCUCAAUUGGAAAAUGUUUAUAUUAGAGGAUCAAAAAUUAGAUUUCUAGUAUUACCAGAUAUGUUGAAAAAUGCUCCUAUGUUCAAAAAACAAACUAAAGCGGGAACGGCAGGUCGAGGAAAAUCUGCUAUACUGCGAGCCCAAGCUCGGGGGAGAGGCAGGGGGCAAACACAACCAGUACGAGGUAGAGGUAAUUGGCAACAGAAUCAACAAGCAGCCCCUGCAGGAAGGGGAAGAUAAGAGCUGUGCUAUAAAAAGACUUAUGGACAGUUAUUGUAAAUAGUUUUGUGGGUGUUGUUUAAAAUUGAAUAUUAGUUUGGUUUUGAUACAUGUUGUACAGUUUCAUGUUUUAUUUUAUAAUUUCAUUAUAUAAGCAGUUUGUCUGUAGCCUGCCUUGUUGGUGCCUAUUUGAUAGUUUUUCGCUGAAUUCUUUUUUUAAUUUUCUCAAUACUUUUGUUUUUUUUUUCAUCAUAAUUUUGGUUUAUAGCCUUCCCAACAGUAUUAGGAAGUGCAAAAGUAAUUACCAUCAUCAUAUUCAGCCACUUUGCAAUGACUUCUGUCCUUAUAUACAAAAAUACUUUCUCAUUUUUCUCAUUAAACCUUGAUGUACAAUCUAAGUGUUAAGUGAUAUCUAUCUUCCCUAAAUUAUAAACCAAAACUAAGGAUUUGAUUGAACCCAUCAUAUUUUCUAUGUGACAUUGAUUUUUGAGUUUAUCAGGAUGAUCAUAGAUAAGAAAACAUAAUGUAAGUAUUUAAUGUAAAAGAAAAAUAAACAUUUUUAGUU